UUGGGACAAUGACCAGUUGGCUUGAACAUGCUCUGGGUUAUUGGUGUCACCGAGAUUAUGCAAUGGCCCCAGCUAACUUUGUUUAUUGCUUUCCAGCACACGCACACACACACAGGAUGAGAAUGAGAAUGCGACACAGUUUGGCCUGCCUGCUGGUGCUAGCGGCCAGCUCCGCUCUGGUCGCUGCCGACUCCAAUUGGGGCAAUGAGUGGGCGCCCAUGGACGYGCCGGACUCCAUGCUGAGCAGGCGCUCGGCUGACGCACAGCCCGCGGCGGACGCACAGGGACGCAACUAUGCGGUGCACGAGAGCACACAGAGCAACGCCACGGAAAUCGACACGGUCAUCGAUCAGCUAAUCAACUCGCGCCGUGAGGGCCGCAAUCUGGGCGAAUAUGACGCCGUCUAUGCCGAUGGCAACAUCGAUCAGGCCCUGCAGGAGGGCAACGAUCUGCAGGCGCGCAACCUCAUUCGGGACAAGCUCUGCGGACUGGGUCUGAUGAGCUGCGAUGUGGAGGAGAAGCGCCCCUUCUACUCGACCAUCUAUGCCCAAGGACCACCGCCACCAUCCAGCUUCGGCGGCGGCCCCUAUGGACCAGCCAAGCCCAUGCCACCACCAAGCUACUUCAGUGGACGUCCGCCCAUGGGCCCGCCGUCCAACUCGAUUAACUCCUUUGGACCUCCGCGCAAGGUGGGCUAUGAGGGCUCCUACAAGCCUCCGAUGAACAGCCUGUACAGACCUGGCGGUCAGUUCGGCGGCUCCUAUCUGGAACAUCCACCAUCCGGCAUUGAUGGCUCCGAUGGCAUCACCUACACCAAGCCCCCACCCGGCUCUAUCAUCUACGACAGCAAGCCACCUGGCCCACUCUACACUGGCUCGCCCAACGGACCCGGACCCAUCUACAGUGGCCCCUCGAAUGGCGUGCCUCCCUAUAACUUUGAGAAUCCCGAGAAGAUCCAGGGCGCCAGCUCCUCGCUGAACGGCUUCUAUUCCCAGCAAUCGUCAUCGUCGUCUUCGGCAGCCACCUCCUCCAGCACCAAGGUUGUUGUGGGUGCUCCGCUCGAUGCGGGUCUUCAGCAACAUGUCCACCAUCAUUUCCAUCACGUGGAUGCCGGCGAGGGUGCCAAUAUUCCAACUGUUCCCAUUCCCAUUGGCAGUGGCCAGACCAUCAACACCGACUUCAGCGCCUUGGCCCAAUCCUCAGCCACGUACACGCCCCAGGCACAGGCAAGCAGCUCCGGCUUCACGCAGUCGAAUGCGUUCACAGCUGGCUUCAAUGGCGCCUCCCAAGGUGGUCUGCUCUCCCAGGGCUAUCCCGGACAGAAGCCCACCUCCGGYUUGGGUAGCUUCGGCAGCAACUCUGGCUUGUCACAGUCCAGCUCYAGCUUUGGCCAGAACGGUUUCAGUGGCUCGCCCGGCGGCAGCUAUCACAGCCAAAAUCCCGACUACUACAAGAAGGAGCUGCACAGCGGUGCCUCCAGCGGCUACAACGGCAUCUCCUCGGGCUACAAUGGACAAAGCCAAGGUGGUCUGUACCAGGGCGCCGGCGGUGGCUAUGACACGUCCCGUCAACAAAUCGUCGAUUGCCAAUGCGUGCCCAUCAAUCAGUGCCCGGCCGCUGACCGCAUUGGACGCAAAGAGGAUCUGAUUCUGGCCAUCGAUCCCAGAAAUCUGGGCAAGGACAUCGAGGCACUGAGCGACGAUGCUGCGGCCAAUGCCAAUGCUACAGCCAAGGCUGACACCAAAGAGGAGAAGAAGGAUGAGGAUGAGAAGAAACGCACGCGUCGCCAGGCCGACGCCGACAACGACAACAAGGAGAACGACAGCAGCGAUCUCUCAUUGGACGCCCAAGGGCGUUUAGGCGCACUGGGACCAUCCCCGCUGGCACUGCCCGCCCUCCAAGCCAUUGAGCUGAUACAGCGCAAGAUUCUGCCCACAUAUGGGGUUAGCUUCGGUCUGCCCUACCCCUCGGCUGGCUAUCCAGGCGGCUAUCCAGCCAAUGUCCUGAACGACUAUUACCCCGCACAGAAUCCCAACUUUGGCUCGCUGGGCCCCAAUGGCCUCAAUCUGGGUCUGGUCAAUGUUAAUCCACUGGUCUCGCUGCAAGUGAGCAAAACGGAUUACGGCGAGAAUGUGGUCAAGCCACUGGUCAAUCUUCACGUAACACCCAAUGCGAAUAUCAUUCAGAAAGUGGGCGAUUUCUUCAAGAAGACGCCGAGCGAAGUGCACAGCACGCAUUACCAUCAUCACGAUCACUUCAGCGGCUACGAGCAUGAGCAUCAUCCGCACCACUAUAGCGCACCACCGCCAACACAUCACCAUCACGUUUUCGAAAGUUCAGGCCCACACUUUGACGUGGAGAUGGUGCACAGCUCGCCCAUCUUUGAGUACCACAGUGGACCCUCAGUGCAUGUGCCAACGCAGCAUUAYCAUCACGCUGAGCACCACUCGGAGGCUCCAUUCGAGCACUCCUACAAUUCCAUUUAUCCCGACACAUCUCCCGAAGACUUUGGUUCCACUGGCUUUGGCAGCUACGGAGACUAUUCCCAGCAUUACGAGCGCAGCGUCAAUGCCACUGCCCCCGACUGGUCGGCGCCCARUCGUCGGRGCAAGCAGCURAAUUUGGGGCAAGUGCAUAGCAUUCCCGCUCAAGCGCCUGGCGCUGCGGCGGGCAGUGAUCAUGUAACCUUUCCCCGUGAUCGCAGGCGACGCAGCGUUGAUAAGCCUGAAGAGUUUGAGUUGGGAGCGGAGCAGCGCGCCUACUAUGGCAACCGUCCUGUGGAGAAGACCUGUCGCAUCAACGAGGUCUGCUGCCGUCGUCCACUGCGCCCCCAGGCUCCUCCCCAGCAGCAGCUGGGACGUUGUGGCGUAAGGAAUGCCGCGGGCAUCACGGGCCGCAUCAAGAAUCCCGUCUAUGUCGAUGGUGACAGUGAGUUCGGCGAGUAUCCCUGGCAUGUGGCCAUCCUCAAGAAGGAUCCCAAGGAAUCGAUCUAUGCCUGCGGCGGCACUCUCAUUGAUGCCCAGCACAUCAUCUCGGCGGCCCAUUGCAUUAAAUCUCAAAAUGGAUUCGAUUUGCGCGUGCGCCUGGGCGAAUGGGAUGUCAAUCAUGAYGUCGAGUUCUUCCCCUACAUUGAGCGCGAUGUUGUCUCUGUGCACAUUCAUCCCGAGUACUAUGCUGGCACCCUGGACAACGAUCUGGCUAUACUGAAGCUGGAUCACCCCGUCGACUUCACCAAGAACCCACACAUCAGUCCCGCCUGUCUGCCCGAUCAGUAUUCCGACUUCACCAACGCUCGCUGCUGGACCACCGGCUGGGGCAAGGACGCCUUCGGCGAGCACGGCAAAUACCAGAACAUCCUCAAGGAAGUCGAUGUGCCAAUUCUGUCCCACCAUCAGUGCGAGGCGCAGCUGCGCAACACGCGUCUCGGCUACAGCUACAAACUCAAUCCCGGCUUCAUCUGCGCCGGCGGCGAGGAGGGCAAGGAUGCCUGCAAGGGUGACGGCGGCGGUCCUCUGGUCUGCGAGCGCAACGGCGUCUGGAACGUGGUCGGCGUGGUGUCCUGGGGCAUCGGAUGCGGCCAGGUGAAUGUGCCCGGCGUCUACGUGAAGGUCUCUGCCUACUUGCCCUGGAUUCGGCAAAUCACGCAGAGCUACAAAUGAUUAUUGGAGACAGUGCCCAGAGCGGGGGCCGUCACAGCCAAUGACGACACCUCCGAUCAAUUCGUAUUUCACUUUUGAGCAGCCAUUUCCGUUACGCAACGCACUCUCUGUUGGCCCACGCGUGUUGACUGUUACCGCUCGUUACCGUUACCCCGUCUUGUUUAGGCCUUUUCCUUAUUACCUUGUUAUUAUGAUUUUUGCUACUUUAUUAUUUGUUGUUAAAAAAACACUCUUUGUCGCACUCAGAUUCGAUUGUUGGACAAAUAUGUUAGCGAGUGGCCGACACAAGCGCUUGUCGCCUAUUGCUCUCCACUUUGAAGCUCCGAUUCGUGCAUCGUGUAUGAUAGU